AUGUCGUCUCCAACAUCCCCUUCGACAGGCUCAUCUGGAUCCUGCACACGGACCGACUCUCAUACAUCGACUGUAUACUUCGAGCAGGAGUCGUUCAAAAAAUUCCAGGAUCGAGUGUUCCAGCUCUGUGAAGAAGUGCUCGCUCCACCCAAUAGCCAGAUCACGGUAGAGAGAAUGAAAGGGGGGUCAUACAACCGAGUCGUGGCCAUAACAUGGACCGGUAAUGAUGACUGCAAGACUCAUCGCUUCAUUUUACGAGUUCCACGCCACUGGCCUGUGUCCCUCGGACGUCACUUGGGGCCGCUGAACAUACUGCAUCAGCAAGGUCAAAUCCCUGUGCCGGAGGUGAUCAAGUUUGAUAUAACACUAAGAAAUGUCCUAGAGCGACCUUACAUGCUCCAGGUCCGUAUCCCAGGCAAAUCCUUGGAUUUCACGUACCAUGAUCUCCCACACCAGACAAAAUGCGCCAUUGCUACCAGAGUUGGCGGGGUUUUUGCUAGUCUGCAUUCCAUCAGAAGUGUUGUCGCAGGUAGACCAACUAUUUCGUUGAAGGAAAUCAAAGUCUCCCGAUUCAGAGACCCAGAGGAGCAUUGGUGUACGCGUGUGCCAGAGCUCGUCCCGUAUGAGGAUGGGCCUGCCUCUCAAUCUACUUUCGACCUAAUAUAUGCAAUCAUAGCCCCUCAACUCGAUCGAGAAAUUGUUAGGAAUGAAAGAAUCGAAAAAAUCAAUUAUUUGCAAAACAUACUCACUGUCGCAUCUGAGAUGCAUGAAUCCAGUGUCUGGGGAGAGGAUGGAUAUUGCCUCUGCCACUUGGACUUAGCUCUCCGGAAUAUCAUGGCCGACAAGCCUAACAUUACCAACCCAUCUGGCAUUACAGGUAUUCUCGACUGGGACAGCGCCGUUUUUGCACCGCUUGUGAUGUCCUGUACUCCCCCUCGCUGGCUCUGGGCAUCCUACCCGGACUGA